AGUUUAGAUUAGACAACGAAUUUUUUAUAUAAAAUAGUUUUUCUUUUAUCUUACAAUCAAUUAAAAAUCAAUUUCAAAACGAAAACCAAAUUAAGUGUUUUUUAAUUGUGUUGUGUGAGCGUCAUUGUGUCUUAAAUUAAACAACUAAACAAAAAAUAAAUUCAAAAAAGAAUAGAAACCCCCCAAAAAAUUACAAAUUGUGGUGUUAAUAAAUUUGCCAAAAAGAAAGCAAAUUUCGACAACAAAUAAUCGACAGUUUAACAAACGAAGAAACCAGAACCAAUCUACUGAUCACCAUGGCUGAAGAAGUUGAUCGCAACGAUCCCGAAUUGAAAUAUCUUUCGGUGGAACGCAAUCAAUUCAACGAUCCGGCCACACAGGCUGAAUGGACACAAAAACGCUUGGUGUGGGUGCCUCAUGAAAAUCAGGGUUUCUGUGCUGCCAGUAUUAAACGUGAACAUGGCGACGAAGUCGAAGUCGAACUUACCGAAACGGGUAAGCGGGUCAUGGUUCUGCGUGACGACAUACAAAAAAUGAAUCCGCCUAAAUUCGACAAAGUCGAGGAUAUGGCCGAACUGACAUGUCUCAACGAAGCGUCCGUCUUGCACAACAUCAAAGACAGAUACUAUUCUGGUCUAAUUUAUACAUAUUCCGGUCUUUUCUGCGUCGUUGUUAAUCCCUAUAAGAAAUUACCAAUUUACACGGAAAAAAUUAUGGAACGGUAUAAGGGCAUCAAAAGACAUGAAGUGCCACCACAUGUCUUUGCCAUAACAGAUACCGCCUACAGAUCGAUGUUGCAAGAUCGCGAAGAUCAAUCCAUAUUGUGUACCGGAGAAUCAGGUGCUGGUAAAACCGAAAAUACGAAAAAAGUUAUUCAGUAUUUAGCUUAUGUGGCUGCCUCUAAACCCAAAGGUUCUGGUGCGGGACCACAUCCGGCUUUAAUUAUUGGUGAGUUGGAGCAACAACUUUUACAAGCCAAUCCAAUUCUGGAAGCCUUUGGAAAUGCCAAGACUGUGAAGAACGAUAACUCAUCACGUUUUGGUAAAUUCAUACGCAUCAAUUUCGAUGCGUCCGGCUAUAUAUCGGGUGCCAAUAUCGAAACGUAUCUACUCGAAAAAUCUCGUGCCAUUCGUCAAGCCAAAGACGAGCGAACAUUCCAUAUUUUCUAUCAACUACUUGCCGGCGCCUCGCCCGAACAGCGGGAAAAGUUCAUCCUGGAUGACAUCAAAACAUAUCCAUUCCUCUCCAAUGGCAAUUUGCCGGUGCCCGGUGUCGAUGAUUUCGCCGAAUAUCAGGCGACCGUCAAGUCGAUGAACAUUAUGGGCAUGACGGCGGAAGAUUUCAAUUCGAUAUUCCGUAUUGUGAGUGCGGUGCUAUUGUUUGGCUGUAUGAAAUUCCGUCAGGAGCGCAACAACGAUCAGGCCACGCUGCCCGACAAUACGGUGGCCCAGAAAAUUGCCCAUUUGUUGGGUUUGAGUGUCACCGAUAUGACGCGGGCAUUCUUGACGCCACGCAUUAAGGUGGGUCGUGACUUCGUCACCAAGGCCCAGACCAAGGAACAGGUCGAGUUCGCUGUUGAGGCCAUUUCCAAGGCCUGCUACGAACGCAUGUUCAAAUGGUUGGUGAAUCGCAUCAACCGCUCCCUGGAUCGUACCAAACGUCAGGGUGCCUCCUUCAUUGGCAUUCUCGAUAUGGCCGGUUUCGAAAUCUUCGAGCUGAACUCGUUCGAACAGCUGUGCAUCAAUUACACCAACGAAAAACUGCAGCAGCUCUUCAAUCACACCAUGUUCAUACUCGAACAGGAGGAGUACCAGCGCGAGGGCAUCGAAUGGAAGUUCAUUGACUUCGGUUUGGAUCUGCAGCCCACCAUCGAUCUGAUCGACAAGCCAGGCGGCAUUAUGGCUCUCUUGGAUGAAGAAUGCUGGUUCCCCAAGGCGACAGAUAAGACCUUCGUUGAGAAAUUAGUGUCAGCACAUUCAAUGCAUCCGAAAUUCAUGAAGACUGAUUUCCGUGGUGUGGCCGACUUUGCCAUUGUCCAUUAUGCGGGCAAGGUUGACUACUCCGCUGCCAAAUGGUUGAUGAAGAAUAUGGAUCCCUUGAAUGAGAACAUUGUCUCGCUGUUGCAGAACUCGCAAGAUCCGUUCGUGGUGAACAUCUGGAAGGAUGCCGAAAUUGUGGGCAUGGCCCACCAGGCGCUUACCGACACCCAGUUCGGAGCUCGUACCCGCAAGGGUAUGUUCCGGACUGUGUCGCAUCUGUACAAGGAACAGCUGGCCAAGCUGAUGGACACUCUGCGCAACACGAAUCCGAACUUUGUACGCUGUAUCAUCCCCAAUCACGAGAAACGCGCCGGCAAAAUCGAUGCUCCUCUGGUCUUAGAUCAAUUGCGUUGCAAUGGUGUGCUCGAAGGUAUUCGUAUUUGUCGCCAGGGCUUCCCCAAUCGUAUUCCAUUCCAAGAGUUCCGUCAACGCUACGAAUUGCUCACACCCAAUGUCAUUCCCAAGGGUUUCAUGGACGGCAAGAAGGCGUGCGAGAAAAUGAUCCAGGCUCUGGAACUCGACUCGAAUCUCUACCGUGUCGGUCAGUCGAAGAUCUUCUUCCGCGCUGGUGUCUUGGCUCAUCUCGAGGAAGAGCGUGACUACAAGAUCACGGAUCUGAUUGUCAACUUCCAGGCGUUCUGCCGCGGUUUCUUGGCCCGGCGCAACUAUCAGAAACGCCUGCAACAGUUGAAUGCCAUACGCAUUAUCCAGCGCAACUGUGCGGCCUAUCUGAAGUUGCGCAACUGGCAGUGGUGGCGCCUGUACACCAAGGUGAAGCCACUGCUGGAGGUCACCAAACAGGAGGAGAAGCUGGUGCAAAAGGAAGAUGAGCUCAAGCAGGUGCGUGAGAAAUUGGAGACACUCGCCAAGAGUACCCAAGAGUAUGAGCGCAAAUACCAACAAGCGUUGGAGGAGAAGACCUCAUUGGCCGAACAGUUGCAAGCCGAAAUCGAACUUUGCGCUGAAGCGGAGGAGUCGCGUUCCAGGCUGAUGGCUCGCAAACAGGAACUCGAAGAUAUGAUGCAGGAACUUGAAACACGUAUCGAAGAAGAAGAGGAACGUGUUUUGGCCUUGGGUGUAGAAAAGAAGAAGCUUGAACUCAACAUACAAGAUCUCGAGGAACAAUUGGAAGAGGAGGAAGCGGCCCGACAAAAACUCCAAUUGGAAAAGGUGCAACUCGACGGCAAAAUUAAGAAGUACGAAGAAGAAUUGGCCCUCACCGAAGAUCAAAAUCAAAAGUUGCUAAAAGAAAAGAAAAUAUUGGAAGAGCGAGCAAACGAUUUGUCGCAGACCUUGGCCGAGGAGGAGGAGAAAGCCAAGCAUUUGGCCAAGCUGAAGACGAAGCAUGAGGCCACCAUCGCCGAACUGGAAGAGCGCAUGCACAAAGAUCAGCAGCAAAGACAGGAGACUGAUCGUUCCAAACGUAAGAUUGAAACCGAGAUGGCCGAUCUCAAGGAACAGCUCAACGAGCGCAGAAUCCAAGUGGAAGAGUUGCAGGUACAGUUGGGUAAACGUGAAGAGGAACUUACCCAAACGCUGAUGCGCAUCGAUGAAGAAUCAGCCGCCAAAGCAGCUGCUCAAAAGGCUCAGCGUGAAAUCGAAUCCCAAUUGGCCGAGUUGCAAGAAGAUUUGGAAGCUGAAAAGGCUGCCCGUGCCAAGGCCGAGAAAAUACGUCGUGAUUUGGGCGAAGAGUUGGAGGCAUUGAAAAAUGAGCUAUUGGAUUCAUUGGACACCACAGCGGCGCAACAAGAAUUGCGUUCGAAGCGUGAACAAGAAUUGGCCUCUCUCAAAAAGUCCCUCGAAGAAGAGACCGUCAACCAUGAGGCCUCCAUUGCUGAGAUGAGGCAUAAACAUGUUCAAGAAUUGAACGGCAUUAAUGAGCAAUUGGAAAAUCUGCGUAAAGCUAAGGCAGUACUGGAAAAAGCCAAAUCCACAUUGGAAGCAGAAAAUGCAGAUUUGGCCACCGAAUUGCGCAGUGUAAAUAGCUCCCGCCAAGAAAACGAUCGUCGUCGUAAACAAGCUGAAUCUCAGAUAGCUGAAUUGCAGGUGAAAUUGGCCGAAGUGGAACGUGCUCGUUCGGAAUUGCAAGAGAAAUGCACAAAACUGCAACAGGAAUCCGAGUACAUAACAAAUCAAUUGGAGGAGGCCGAAUUGAAAGCAUCUGCCGCUGUUAAAUCUGCCGGAAAUAUGGAAUCGCAACUUGCCGAAACACAACAACUGCUCGAAGAAGAAACCCGCCAGAAGCUCUCGCUGUCGUCGAAAUUACGUCAGCUGGAGUCGGAAAAAGAGGCGCUACAAGAACAGCUCGAGGAAGAUGAGGAAACGAAAAAGAACUAUGAACGCAAACUGGCUGAGUUGUCGGCUACCAUGCAAGAGAUUAAAAAGAAGGCCGAGGAAGAUGCCGAUGCUGUCAAGGAAUUGGAAGAGGGCAAGAAACGCCUGAACAAGAGCAUUGAAGAUCUGGAACGACAAGUCAAGGAGUUAACAGCUCAAAACGACCGUUUGGAUAAAAGCAAAAAGAAGAUUCAAUCUGAAUUGGAGGAUGCCACCAUUGAAUUGGAAGCACAACGCACAAAGGUGCUCGAGUUGGAAAAGAAACAAAAGAAUUUCGACAAAAUCUUAGCCGAAGAAAAAGCCAUUUCCGAGCAAUACGCCCAGGAACGUGAUACUGCCGAAAGAGAAGCCCGCGAAAAAGAAACCAAGGUUCUUUCCCUUAGCCGUGAACUGGAUGAGGCCUACGAUAAAAUCGACGACAUGGAGAACAAACGUAAAGCCCUCCAAAACGAACUCGACGAUCUGGUGAAUACCCAGGGUACAGCCGAUAAGAAUGUCCACGAAUUGGAAAAAGCUAAACGUGCCUUGGAAUCCCAAUUGGCGGAAUUGAAAGCACAAAAUGAGGAACUUGAAGACGACCUGCAACUGACUGAAGAUGCCAAACUUCGUCUGGAGGUGAACAUGCAGGCCCUGCGCUCUCAAUUUGAACGUGAUCUACAGGCCAAGGAGGAACAGGCCGAAGAGAAACGCCGUGGUUUGGUCAAACAAUUGCGUGAUCUUGAGGCCGAGUUGGAUGAAGAGCGUAAACAGCGGACCGCAGCUGUGGCAGCCAAAAAGAAAUUGGAAGGAGAUCUCAAAGAAAUGGAAACCACCAUGGAAAUGCACAACAAGGUGAAAGAAGAUGCCCUCAAACAUGCCAAGAAAUUGCAGGUUCAGGUCAAGGAUGCCUUGCGUGAAGCCGAGGAGGCCAAGGCGGCCAAGGAAGAACUGCAAGCGGCCAGUAAAGAAGCCGAACGUAAGGUCAAGGCCUUGGAGGCAGAGGUAAUGCAACUUACCGAAGAUUUGGCCAGUUCGGAAAGGGCACGUCGUGCAGCCGAAACGGAACGCGAUGAGUUGGCCGAAGAAAUGGCUGCAAAUGCCAGCAAGGGAACCCUUAUGAUUGACGAGAAGCGUCGUCUGGAAGCCCGCAUUGCCGCCCUCGAAGAGGAACUCGAGGAGGAACAAUCCAAUUCCGAAGUAUUAUUAGAUCGCAGCCGCAAAGCUCAGCUUCUGAACGAACAGCUGUCCACAGAAUUGGCCACCGAAAAGUCCAAUUCACAAAAGAACGAAAAUGCCCGAGCCUUGUUGGAACGUCAGAACAAGGAGCUGAAAGCCAAGCUGGCCGAAAUCGAAACAGCUCAAAGAACAAAAAUCAAAGCCACCAUCGCCACAUUGGAAGCCAAGAUUGCCAACCUCGAAGAACAGCUCGACAACGAGGGUAAAGAACGAUUGCUACAGCAAAAGGCCAAUCGCAAGAUGGAGAAGAAGAUCAAGGAGUUGGGCCUGAACAUUGAGGACGAACGAAGACAUGCCGAUCAAUACAAAGAGCAAAUCGAUAAACUUAACAGUCGCAUGAAAUUGUUGAAACGCAAUUUGGAUGAAACCGAAGAGGAACUGCAAAAGGAGAAGACACAAAAACGCAAAUAUCAACGUGAAUGUGAGGACAUGAUUGAAAGUCAAGAAGCCAUGAAUCGUGAAAUUAACUCACUGAAAACCAAAUUAAGGCGCACCGGCGGCAUGGGUCUAAGUUCGAGUCGUCUCACCGGCACACCAUCCUCCAAACGUGGUGGUGGCGGCGGCGGUGAUGACAGCUCAGUACAGGAUGAAUCUUUGGAUGGUGAAGAUUCGGGCAAUUAAAUUUAUAAAUGGAAGGAAACCAACAAAGCUAAACCUGGAAAAAAUCUAUAAUUAUUUUUUAAAGUUUAUUAAUUUCUGUUAAUUUUUUUUAUAAAAUUUUACUUAUUUUUUAUUGAUAUCCAUCCUUUUCCCCCAUACACACAGUUAAGAUAAAAACACAAUCCAAUUAAAACAAACAAACAAAAAAAAAACAAAGCUUAAACUAAUUUCUUUGUAUAAAAAAACAAACAGAAAAUAAUAAAAAAAAAAAAAAAACAAAAGAAAAAAUGUUAAACGAAGUAAGAAGGAAAACAAAAUCAAGUUUGUUUCUUACUACUAUUACUACUAGAGUCCUCAAGCCUCCCAACAUAUUGUGUCCCUCUUUAAUCCAUACAUAUAACAUGUCUUGUUCCUUUUGCCUGUGUCCCCAAACUUCUUAGACUCAUUCCCUUGAAAAAGAAUAUUUUCACUUACCACACACCCACACAUUCACACACACACACACUCCCACACACAAAACAAUCCAAUUAAAAAAACGAAAUAAUAAGUAAAAAAGUACAUCUAAUUAAAAUAAUAAUAAUAAUUAACUACUUAAAGUUAUUAAUUAAUAAUAUAUACAUAUAUAAAAAUUAUAAAAAUUUUUAUAAAAAAAGAAGAAAAAAUUUAUAUUAAAAAUCAAAUAAAAAAGUAUUGGAAAAAAUGCAUUUAUAUAUAAACAAAAUUAAACAAAAAAAAACUCUUCUUUUAUUUACGCCUUUGGUUCUUCAUCAUUUUUUUUUUUUCAUUAUUUUAAUAUCUGUAUGUAAAAAACAUACCACAAAGUCUUCCAAAAUGUAGACUCGAAAGUAAUAUAAUAUUUUUUUAAAAGAUUAGGUCUUAUUCAGUAAAACACUGAGAUAUUACAUUUUGACUUUGCUAAUUGUUGUUACAUAUAGGAUCUCGUCGAAAAAAGACACUUGAUAUUCUUUUUAGCAGAAAAUCGAUGGUUCCAAAGCGAGACAUUUCCGUUCGAACUUUCUCAGGCAUAAGAUUCCUGGAAAUCUAAACAGGGCAGACUGUGGUAAUUUAUUGAUCUUCGAAGCCUUGUGUCUAUGGUGGCUUUUCACAACAGACGGCUAGCUAGGUCAAUACCCCCUCUUGCAGUCUGUGUGAUAUGUCCUGGGAGAAGGAUGUCUCUUUAAAAUUAAUAUAGCUGCGAUUCAAACUUGUUUCCUUAUCAAUCUAUCUCGGAUGCCAAUCGGAAUGCUUUCUGAGCGAUUAGACACAUAAUUUGUAUUCGCCGCACGUUAAUCCCUGUGCAUUUCCGCCAUAUAUUCAAUGUAGAUUUGACUUAAUAAUCGUGAAACUUUUUUGGCAACAAUUUUUAAUGGGUGUUCUUAAACAAAAUUUGCUACAAAAAAUCCAAAAUUUCCUGGGCCUCCUCAAACACAAUUUGACCCACAUCAUGGGUUACUUCAGAUAUUUUUUUAGUGAAAAAAAAACGUGGAUUUUGGAAACAAUUUGUCCCAAAAAUUAUUAAUCUAAUAGUGGGCAGGCAGUCUUCUCAUAUAAAAAUAUUUGAAAAAAUUUUUGUACCAAUAAUUUGGUCCAAAACUUGAGGGUCUUCUGUUACACAAUUUGGCUAACGAAGGAGGACAUUUGGUAUUCGAUAGUAUUUUUUAGAGGAAACUUGGCCUUAUAUAACAAGGACUUCAACGACACAAAAAAACUAUUGAUUUGCUUAGGGAAAUUUUGACCCCACACUCGUAGGUUUUCUUAUACCAACAUUUCGACCUAUAAAAAUGUGGUAAAAUAAUGUAAAAACUAUAAAUAGGAGAUUAUCUUACAUUAAGAGUUGACUGAACAGCUGUGGCAUUCUUAUAGUAAGUGUUAAAAAAUUGAAACAAUCGUAGAAAUUUUGGUCCAUCCGUAGAUAUAUAUAAAAUUCCCCCGGAAACAGGUAUUGGAUGCGUAACUGGCUGUUUACUAUUGUCACUUCACUGUACGAAGCACAACCCAAGAUCAGCCUUAAAAAUCCCCUCCUGCAUAGUUAACACCAACUCAGAUUUAAAGGAUUGAAAGGUGUGAUUGCUCUACGUUGUGUGAUGUAGAAAGUGUUAAUGUUUGUUCACUGCCAACUACCCUCAUAGAGAUCAAGAGUCAAUGGACUAGAAUUUGUCCAAGAUCUACGUUUGGCCAUCUUUAACUAUCUCUUGUACUUAUUGAUGUCCGCCUUAUUUUAAUCAGUACUAUGUUUAGUUUUGCUGACUGUGUUAUAUGUUGUAAUAUAUUGCUGUUUUCCGAAGAAUAGCAAGGUCCUUAGUUUAGCAAACCGGUUGGGAUUUACUUGGAGGAUGGCCUAUAGGAUGAUCAUAGUUUCAACGUUUGGUUGUUUUGUUUUUGUUUUUUUUUUUAUAUUUGCAUACUUCCAAGAAGGUUGCCGAAAUAGGGGAGCCGAUACCAUUGCUACGGUAAGGAUUCGGUGACUAAGCUUGUAUUCCUGACGUUGGGCCGGUAAUCUUAAGGCUAGGUGCUUAAACCAGUGUGACUGACAUCGGGUAUUUCCUUCAAAACCAUGCGGAUAUAAUUUAAACCAUUUUAAUUCGAAACUGCAAAUAAUACCAUCUGUAAUUCUUUGAAAUCGACUUAGAAUUCAAACAAUAUCCAUCUGAUGAAAUCACAAUACAGCCCGCAUUAUUUGACGUAGAGCUUCAAUAUUUGGCAGAACAAUUUGUAUUGUGUCUAGGAUGGUUGGUGUUGAAAAUGAUAUAUCGGUCUGCGUUUUGGUAUGGCCCCCAUAUAACGGUACCUCCCUAUAUUCGGUAUCUUGAUUGUUUUCGCAAUAUUUUUCCAUGAAUUUGUCUAAAAAUUGGUAAUUGUAGUUUAUAAUGGCUUCUAGCUCAAAUGGCGAACCUUUGUAUGUAUAGGCCCACGUUUUCCUAUAGCGCACAUAUAACGAUACCCACCGAUAUUCAAUAUUUUGAUAAUCCUUUGUUUGAAUUCACAUACUUUUAUAAAAAAUUGUUUUCUUCACCCAACAGUGGAGGGUAUAAAAUCAAUUAUCAAUUUUAAAUUGGAAUUAUUUAAUUUGUAAUUACAAAAAAAUCCCCGAAAGCAGCUAUUUAAUAUAUUAGUAUUGGUUCUGGUUGGAUCAGAUAUGCUCCCAGAAGGCAGGACAUUUUUAUUGAAAUUAGGUACACAAAUCGUGAUUUUAUUAUUCUUUUAAAUUGGACCCACCAUAGAUUUCAUGGAUAAAAUUUUGCCGGACAAUAUUGAGUUUUUGAAGUCAGAAUUGAAACCUACCAUUGUGGGUUUUGUAGGCCAAACCCGCAGUUGCCCAAAAAUGUGAGAUAUAUUUUUCUUUAAACACCGGCUAAAAGAAAAAAAAUGAUUUUCAUUAUUUUUCCAUGCAUGGAUAGACACCGAUACCCAAAUUUAAUCUAAUCAGAGACAUCAUAUAUUUAUGUCCUCGAUAAUUUGAUCCCUAAAACGCAAGAGAAAUUCACAUUUUUCAUCUUUAAAAGUCAUUUUAAUAUAUAUUUUGGAUAAAUUAUUUUUUUCUUUUUUGACUUUAUCAUAUAUUAUUUUUUUUAUUAAAAUUUUUUUUAUUAAAAAUAACGAACUCGCAAUUGUAUUUUUACAAAAUAGAAAUAAUAAUUGAGCUACACUAUGGACUAAUUUGCUUCGUAGAUAUACAUGGUCUAUAAAAUAACAAAAAAAUGAAAACGAACUCCAUAAAACUGAUCUGAUAUUCCUUAAAAGUAAAUAACAACAAAUCAGCAAAAUAAACAAUUAAUGUAUAAUUUUUAUUGAAUAUAUAAUUAUGUAAAAAAAAACACUUUUAAAAAAUUCUUUAAAAAUACGAAAAAAAAAUAAAUAAUAUGUAUGUAUUUAUAUAAUUAUUAUGAUUACUACUACAACUACUGUGAGUUAUUGCAACAUUUAAAUCAUCUUCAUGGUUUUCUUUACAAACGAAUUUAUUGCCAUCAAUCAUUCAAUUAAAUAGAGGAUACGAAAAUCAUCCAUAGAUAACAUCAUGAUAAAUUUCCACAUACACACCCGCAUACAUCAUUAGACGACAAAAAAUAGCAACUCAACUUCUUCAUAUGCAUAUAAACACAAGACACUCAUUUCUAGAAGAUACAAUAAAAAAUGAAAAAUAAUUAAAAACUAAAAAAAAAACAAAAACAAAAAAA